UCUAGCCAAGGCCUAGCAGAGCAGCUUCACGUUGUGUUUGGGGUUCCCUACAUUCACAUUCAACUCCAGUCUAGAGAAGUGUGUGUGCGCUCGGGGUUCUGUGUGUGUUGUUCUAGCUACUCUGCAAGAAUGGCGGAGUUAAUCAUUCGCUAUAAGAGGAAUAAAUACCAAGAAUUGUGAAGGUUGGAGGGAUGGGAGAAGGAACGAGCAUCCCUGCCUUCAUUGUGGGUCUUGCAUGGAUUUCAACACUUUGUUACGGUAACCCACUGCUCCUAUUUGCCAACCAUGAGGACGUCCAAAUAAUCGAUGUGGCCAGCCCCACGUCCAAUGGCACCAUCCUGAUAUCCGGCCUGGAGGACGCCGCUGCCGUAGAUUUCAUCUACUCAGACGGCGUCAUCUUCUGGUCAGAUGUCAGCCUGGAGGUGAUCAAGAGAGUGUACCUUAACGACACCAAACACCCGAAGACGGUGGUGGCCACAGGAUUGGUCUCUCCAGAUGGGCUCGCCUGCGACUGGCUGGGGAGAAAGUUGUACUGGACGGAUUCCGAGACCAAUCGGAUAGAAGUCAGCAAUCUUGAUGGAGAACAUCGCAAGGUUUUGAUCUGGCAGAGGCUGGACCAGCCCAGAGCCAUCGCCUUAGAUCCCGAAAAUGGCUACAUGUACUGGACUGAUUGGGGAGAGACGCCCAAGAUUGAGAAGGCUGGCAUGGAUGGCAAUGAAGAAACUCGCUCUGUGAUAGUCAGCAAGAAUAUCCAUUGGCCCAAUGGUCUCACCAUUGACUAUGCAGAGUCUAAAAUAUACUGGGCUGAUGCCAAGCUGAGCCUGAUUCACAGUUGUGAUUUUGAUGGAGGGAACCGUCGGCCCGUUGUGGAAGGUUCUCUCCCUCACCCCUUUGCCUUAACCGUGUCCGGAGACAGCCUGUACUGGACUGACUGGCACACCCAUUCCAUUCAUGGAUGUAACAAACUGACUGGUGCUAAGUGCUUUUUAGUGUUGGAUGAUAUCUACGCUCCUAUGGAUAUUCAUGCUUUCAUGCCCAGCAGACAACCCAAUGAUUUAUCCAAUAUCGGAGGUCGAAACAUGUGUGGAGACAACAAUGGGGGCUGCUCUCACCUCUGCCUUAUGUCGCCAACACCGCCUUACUUCACCUGUGCCUGCCCCACCGGCAUUAGGCUGCUGGCUGACCAGAGGACGUGUGCUAAAGGUGCAGAAAAGAUACUGUUUCUGGCACGACGUCAAGACAUCCGACAGAUUUCCUUAGACACACCUGACUACACGGAUGUGUUGCUGCCCCUUGACCGUGUGAAACAUGCCAUUGCCCUGGACUAUGACAGCACCUCGGGGUUUGUGUACUGGACAGAUGACGAAGUACAGACCAUACAGAGAGCUCAGCUGGACGGGUCAGAGCAAGAGACUCUGGUGGACACGGAGGUGGAUGAUCCUAAUGGCAUUGCCAUCGACUGGAUUGCUCAGAAUCUCUACUGGACUGACACAGGCACCGACAGGAUCGAAGUUUCUCGACUAAACGGAAGCUCUCGGAAAGUUCUCAUAUCUGAUGGGCUGGAUCAGCCACGAGCCAUUUGUCUUGAUCCAGAGGCUGGGUACAUGUACUGGACGGACUGGGGCAAGAAACCACGAAUUGAAAAGGCCUACCUGGAUGGGACCAAUCGUAUAGCAGUGGUCAGCACAAACCUGGGCUGGCCUAAUGGUUUGGCCAUUGAUCUGGAAGAGCGCAAGUUGUACUGGGGUGAUGCCAGGAAAGACUGUAUAGAAGUGUCGGACCUCGAUGGACGGAACAGACGGAAACUUGUCACUGAAAGACUUCCGCAUAUUUUUGGAUUUAGUCUCCUCGGUGAUUACAUAUACUGGACAGAAUGGCAAGACCGCACUAUUGAACGUGUAAACAAACACACUGGAUUGAACCGCACGAAAAUCAUUGCACAACUGCCAGAUCUAAUGGGUUUAAAAGCAGCCGAUGUGAAUCGAGUUACUGGGACCAACACUUGUGGCGAGAAUAACGGCAACUGUAGCCACCUUUGCUUGUUCCGGCCGUCGCCGAAGAAGCACGUCUGUGCCUGCCCCAUGGGGCUGGAGCUGCGAGCUGACGGCCAGACCUGCAUUGUGCCGGAGGCCUUCCUCCUCUUCUCCAGUCGCUCGGACAUCCGGCGGAUCUCUCUGGAGACCAACCAGAACAACCAGGCCAUUCCAAUCCAAGGCGUCCAGAAAGCCAUGGCCAUUGACUUUGACAUCACAGACAACAGGAUUUACUGGACCGAUGUGGAGCUGCAGCACAUCAGUCGAGCUUUCAUGAACGGCAGCUCCCUACAGCACAUCAUUCAGUUCGGUCUGGACUACCCGGAGGGUAUGGCCGUGGACUGGGUGGCACAUAACAUCUACUGGGCCGACACGGGCAAGAACAGGAUUGAGGUGGCCCGCCUGGACGGGUCCUCGCGGAAAGUCUUGGUCUGGAGGAACCUGGAGGAGCCGAGAGCUCUUGCGUUAGACCCUCCUAAUGGGUUCAUGUACUGGACGGUGUGGGGAGAUGAGCCGGUGUUGGAGAGAGCCCACCUGGACGGGACGCACCGUAAGGUCCUCAUCUCCAAAAUCGGACACGUCCAGGAUCUGACCAUUGACUACGUGGACCGACGCCUCUACUGGACGGACGUCAGCGACCACAGCAUAAAGUCCUCGGACAUGAAUGGUGGUGACCAGAGGCUGGUGGUACAGUCCCAGAUCCGGCAGCCAUUGGGCCUAAGCCAGUACCAGGACUUUGUCUACUGGACAGAUUUCAAACGCAAGACCAUCGAGAGGGCCAACAAAACAGAUGGUCUGAACCGCACCAUGAUCCAGGGGGAGGUGGACCUGGUCAUGGACAUUCUGGUCUUCCACACCUCACGGCAAUCUGGAAGCAAUGCGUGUGGCCGGAACAACGGAGGCUGCUCUCACCUUUGCCUGGCCCACCCUGCGGAGAACUCAAAGAAUACAAGCCACUACUGUGCCUGCCCGACGCACUACACGCUAAAUGAUGAUCAGCUCACCUGCUCUGCCCCUGAGCAGUACCUGCUGUUGAGCACCAGAAACGCCACCAUACGUCUGGUCAUCCAGUCAGACAACGCGGUGGACAACCCCGAGGUGGUGCUGCCCAUCAACGGCAUGAAGAACAUCCGGGCCCUGGCCUACGACCCCGUGGGAGAGUUCAUCUACUGGAUCGAGGGGCGUCAGAAGACCAUCAAGAGGGCCCACGACAACGGGACAAUGACGAGUGUUGUGGUGAAUGAGCCGAAGAACGUGUUCCAGCCGUUUGACAUAGCAGUGGACCCGUACGCAAGAACGCUGUACUGGACCUGCACCUCCAACAACGUCAUCAAUGUCACCCGCAUCGACGCUUUCCGCUCUCCCAUCGGGGUCAUUAUGCAGUCCAGCGGUGGUUUCAAACCUAGGUCCCUGGUGCUGUAUCCAGAGAAAGGGAAAAUGUUCUUCACCAACAUGGUGAGCUCUCCACGCAUUGAGAUGGCUCUGAUGGAUGGCUCAGAGGCAAUCACACUCUUCAAGAACGUCCUGGUUCACCCCCAAUCCUUGACCAUUGACAAGAAGGAGAACAGGCUGUAUUGGGCAGACUCCCGGCUCAACCGAAUUGAGUUAUCUGAUUUGACAGGAGGCAACAGGCGUAUCUUGGUGGAUGGACAGGUGGACAACCCUCGUGGUUUGGCUGUAUAUGGAAAGUUCCUGUACUGGCUGGCCAGGGAGCAGAACAAUGUGGAGCGGAUCCACAAGAAGACUGGCAACAAGCGUUUCUGGGUGCGGGGUCGAAUCCAAGGCCUGAGCGACAUGAUCGCGGUAGAGCACUCGAUGUCAGCCUCGUGGCACCCGUGCUUCCGCAACAACAGCGGCUGCUCCCAUCUGUGCUUCAUAACGGAGGACCACAAACCCCGUUGCUCCUGCCCCAUCCACCUGGUGCUGAAGAGUGACCGUCAGACCUGCUCGGAGCCGCCCACUUGUGCUUCAGACCAGUUCAAGUGCACCAGUGGGGGCGUCCAGUGCAUCCCCCUAGUGUGGAAGUGCGACUAUUCCCCCGAGUGCGAGGACAGCUCGGACGAGGAGAACUGUCUGGAGUGCAGGGGAGACCAGUUCAAAUGUUCGGAUGAGAAGUGUGUGGAUGCGGCACACCGAUGUGAUGGGCAGGACGACUGUGGGGACGGCUCUGACGAGAGGAAUUGCUGUGAGGAGGGUGGGGAGAACUGCAAGUGUGCCGACUGCGCAGGUCAGCCGGACUGCACUGACACCAACGGGAAACUUUGCCCAGAGAAGGGGAGCCCGGAUAGGAACAAGUCAUCGAAGAACUACACCAUCGCCAUUGUGAUUGUGGUGGUUGUGUUUGUUGUGGUGGUCAUCAUAUUGAUUCUGGUGUGUCGCCACAAGACUAGUGGGGCGCCGGUGGACGACGACAUCGUCAUGGUGAAGAAACCCUUGAACCCACCAGCUGCUGCUCUAGCCGAGGGCUCAAGCCCUCAUAACACUCUGAUCCGUGGCAAGUCGCAGGCAACUGGCUUGUCCAUGGGCUCUGGUUCAGGUCCGCCAUUCUACGACCGAAACCAUGUGACGGGGGCGUCGUCCAGCAGCUCCACAGUGACCCAGUACCCCCAGGAGACUCUGAACCCCCCGCCCUCCCCGGUCACUGACCGCUCUGUAUACACUGCACCCACUGGCGGGAUCUACGUCUCCGUCAACAGCCUGGCCUCCUCCGUGCAGCGGUCCGGGGUGGGCAGCGCGGGGGGUGGGGUGGGCGGUGGUGGGGGUAGCAGCAGCCGCAGGCGGAACCACCACCGCCGACACCAUCACCAUCACCACCACCACCACAUUCCUCCCCCGCCCACCACCCCCUGCUCCACAGAUGUGUGCGAGGACAGCGAGCCCUACCACCCACACAGCACGCCCCUCCACUCCUCCACACCCGCCAACAAGUACCGGGCUCGGUCCUCCCGCUCCCGGUCCGCCCGGUCCAAUGCCAAAAAAUUUAAGUACUAUUUCAAUAACUCUGUGGUAGAGCUGAACUAUGAUUCAGACCCUUACCCACCGCCGCCUACACCCCGCAGUCAUUACUUCUCGGAUGAGAUCAGCUGCCCUCCAUCACCGUCGACAGAGAGGAGCUAUUUCAAUCCAUACCCCCCGCCCCCUUCCCCUGUUGCUACCUCAGACUGCUGAUCUAUAGAUAAGGAGAGUCCAUUUACAUGUGACUGAAGACCCACCUCAGUGCAUACGCCAAAGAUUGGUCAGGUCUUGCCCCCCACCCCCUAGCCACUCAAUGCUCUACAUUGUACCAUUUUUGCUGUGGUUUUUUUUUUUUUAUUGCCAGAACUUUCUACUGUUGUUUCUGUAGGAAUAUUUUAAAUGAUUAUGUGUCUGAUACACACUUUUCAGUAAACUGGGAUACACUGGAUGAGAGAGAAUGCUUUUCCGGACUUUCUGGUCCCUUGAACAGCAUGCAGUCAUGCCAGUACAGAUAUUAGGGCAUUUAGUCAAAUGAGCACUGUAUGGAAAUCGGGGCAUUUCUGAUAUUUAUAUUAUUGUCAGUUGUAUUUUGUUGUUGCUUUUUUGUAAAAUGGAUAUUUUUUACAGUCUAGAAUUCCUGUCCCUAAGAACAAGAUAUUGGUCAGAAAAUAAACUACAUGCUUAAUCUGAAGACAGCAGUAAACCGAAUGGUACGGAGGACAUUUCUACCAUUGCAACAAACAUCCAUGGCUGGUACCUUGGAGGAGAAGUCAGAUGUUGUUAGAGAGGGGUUUUUUCAUUCAAAAGCCUGUGUCAGUUUGGCAUGAAACUCCAAUUCCACAAGCUCUUCUCGUUACCUUUCAACAAAGGGGUUGGCAUGUAAGAUUUUAUAGAGAGUAUUACAUAAAAGUUUGUCAGAUAAAAUAUUUUAAAAAUUGUGGUCCAGGUGCUAUUAUUAGCACAGAAUUGUAUGUACCAGUUAACCCAAGACUCUGAGAACCUGAUAUUAAAACUUUAUACAGAUUUUGUCUUGUUUUGAUAAGCUCUUUUUAUACAUGUAUAUUUUUUACUUAGUGGUCUCUCAUGCCACUUUCUGCUGAAUGAAAUGGAAUUCUUUGUGGCUGAAGUUUUAUACAUUUCUGUCCGGCCCUUUGACAGGAUAGGUGUGAAAUUUAGCUUUUUUCUGGUGUGAAAAUUCAGUGAUGUUUAAAAGUUGUUCAUCAAAAUCCAGGGCCGGGGGGAUUUUGGGGGAUAUCUUUUCUCCUAAUUUGAUCAGGGUCAACUUUGCAGCAUGUUUUUGUAGUGUCUGUUCCUUGUGGAUAGGAAGAGGAUCUGGUCAUCUUAUCUCUGCUUAUCAUCAAACACUUUGUUGGAAUGAUUUCAAAGUGUUCUGUAUUUUUUAACCGUAGUGCAUUUAUCUCAUUUUUGUAAUGGACAUGGUAUGUACUUUCAUUUUAAAAAAGGUCAAAAUGGUUUGAGAAAGCUUUAAUAUGGAUGACUUGUGUGAUUGUGUACCUUACAAUAUGUUUUCUGUUUCAUUUGAGUUUUAAGUAUGAUUUGUUUGAGAGCCAAGAAAGUUGAGGCUUUGUAAAUGUGUACAAAUGUUACAGUAUUGUUAUGAUGACUUCAGUUAUUGAAGUAGGUUCCCACCGUCUGUCCGCUCUAACCAGGCAGGGACUGCAGUUUGUGUUAUAUAUGUCUUUGGCAAUCUAUAGAGGUUCAGGUAGAGAUAAAGUCUGUUUUUGUCCAAGGAGCCAUUCUGUUCUGGUCUUCACAUGAUGGCAUGAUAUGUAAGAUUGUUGGGUGAAAAGAUUUUCGGAACAAUUCAAGCUUCCUAAGACUCUUAGGGAAAAUUAAAAGGGCCUAAUUUUAUGAAGUUUUGUUUUCAUCGUCGUCCCACCCUCACCCUUUUUUUUUGUCCACACUAAAUGGCAAGUAAUACGAAAUCAAAUUUUUACUUCUUGAUAAAUGUUAUUAGAGAAGAAAUGCCUGUUGUUAAGAAUUACAUUGUCAGUUUUGUCUUGUUAGCAUCAGUAUCAACUUGUUAAGGAAUGUCAAAUCUUGUCAAAGAGAUUUUCUGACUGAAUCUUCAUUUCUCCUUCCUCUUCUCAUUUGGCAAUUGUAUCAGUAUUUCAUUAUUUUUGCUGUUCAAAAGAUUGUCUUUUUUUGUAACCUUAACCCUUCCAGCCCCAUGCGCAUAUCUUUUCAGCAGAGCUUGUACCUCCGACCGUCCCAAGAGCGUUUAUUCUCAGUUCCGGGGGGUAUCAAAUUUGCACAGUUUUCAAAAUUAGGGCACCUAAUUAAACUUUAAUUUUCAUAAUAUUUGUUUAUUUACUUUUAACCCCUUCGUUGCUGUUAUGUCAUGAAAAUGCAUAAUUUUUAGCGCUGUGUCAUACCAUGUAUGUCAUGGAAGUUGGCAACAUUUGCUGCUCCUGGUUGCUUAUAUGACAUUACAUGUAGGCCUACAUCACACUAAUCAUCUGACUCUAAUUCUUCUGUACAGAGUUUUAGUCACAAGCGCUGCGUAGAUUCGUAUUUGGGAAUAAAAGAUGCAUGUAUUGGUACCAAAUUUGCUAGUAUUACUUUACUGCUGGGUUUGCAAGUGAUCGAUAAUCACAGAUCUAGGCUUGCGGGCGACCACGUGCUUUCGUAAAACAGAAACAUCGAAAUGACUUUAAAAAGCACAAUAAAUUGAUCUUUUUACUUAAAUUUGCUGGUUAUUCAAAAUUAUGAGUAAGAUGGGAGGAAAUGGGGAAUAAGAACAGUGAGAAAAGUGACAGACGAAGACCAGGUGUCCGAAAUAUGUCAUGAGUGAUCUAGAGAUCUAGACCGCGUGUCUAUUAACACUGAGACAUUAGGCUUCUGUCCUGGGAAACAAGCUCAGUUGAAAAUCGGUGCUGACGGUAGGUAUACAUACCCCUUGGCAACAAAAAUAUUAAACAUUGUUGUAUAUUAUUAUCUUAACCUCAUUACAAAGAUACUACAUCACUUUUUUAAAAUGCAUGCCUCUUUCUCUGAAAUACUGCUGUAUUUUUCUGGGACUGGGGUAAGGGAGUGCAGAAAAAUGGCUCCGGCUGGAAGGGUUAAAUGUGGUAGAAGUUAAUUUAAGUCUUGCCUUAAGUGUGUAUAUGGGAUGGGGGAGACCGUAGUUUGGUUUGGCUCCAUAGCUGAAGUACAUUUAUACACAAAGUGUUGCCGUCACCGUUGUCUACCAUUGUUUUUUCACCACAUACAUGGACAAAAAGCUAUGUAAGAUCACUAAUUCUAUGUUGUCUGCAGGACGUUCAGUGGUUGGCGGCAAAGGUUUUCAGGUUGAUUAUAUUUGUAUACAUGUUGUACAAAAUUUUUUAAGUCUGCUGAUAUGAGAUCUGCUACUGCUACCAUCACUAUGAAUUUAUUUUCUUUCCGUUGAUCUGUUUUUAGUUUUUGUUUUGCUCUGGAGCUGUUCCCUUCGUAUGGCUGUUCUGUUGUGGUAGACCCUAGUCUACCGACUCUUUUUUUCUAUUGUUGAUUUUGUUAACUCAUUUAUUUGAAUGUAUAGAUCUGUUGAUUUAUUUAUGUUGGAUAUUUUCUUUGAAUCUAUGUACUUGUUUCUUAAAAAAUUUUGAAAGGGAGCUGAGUGAUUUUAAUAAAUAUAUCUAUGUGAUUGGCAAAGGAAAAAUUAAGUGAUAUGAAAUAUUAAUGUUGAAGGAAUAAAGUGAUAGUUUUUACUGGUCCUAAAAUCUCAGACUGUGUAACAUUUCAUCGCUUGGUGUUAAGUGCUUGGACUGAUUUGGUGAUCAAAGAGAUUUACAAGAAGUCAGCAGUGUUCGUCAUAGUCUUGACUUCCAUUUGAGAUGAAAAUGCGAUAAAUUUGAACUAGUCUUUUAACUUUGGGGGGGUGGGGGGGGUAUUUUUUUUAUAGCAAAUGAGGCUCCAGCAAUCUAGGGAAAUCAUUCUUAAAUAAUUAAGAUGGUUUACAGUAAACAUUUUUAAAAAUAUAAUUAGCCAUCACAGUUAAUUGAUGAUCUUAAAGACUGGCAUUUUGCCAAGUAACACUUUAAGAUUGUUUCUAACCUUGCAUGGAACAUCUGAAAAAGGAAGUGUGGAGAGAGUAUUUUUAUGAAAUAGAUACAUAAUGUUGAAGUUGGGUAAUUGAAAGCAAUUUGUUAAAAAGUAGGACAAGUAAAUCAUGUUGUAACUUGAUUAAGAUACAAUGUCUGGAAUGUCAGCCUCCCUUUGUAUAGAGCCAGUAUAGCCAGUGAACCAGAUGAUUCAUCCUGUAUAAGGAAGAUGUCCUAAUAAUGCCUACCUCACAAUAACAUAUAUAUCUUGUCCAGGUCCCCGAGUCACCAAAGUAAAGGGGGUUAUGUUUUGUUUUUAGUUAGAAAGGUUUAAGAAAAUGCCAAAGAAGUACCGGUAGGAGCAAAGAUUGCUCUUGAAGAAUCUUUGUGUGACAACUGCCAGGAGCGACUCUUCUUAUUUUGUGCGUGGGAUGCUUUGUUUAAUGAGACUUAUCUCAUAGUCUUUUCUAACACCUACCUUGCAACAGUGAUGCUAGUUUUGUCGGAGUGACUUGUGGAAAAUAAUUUGACUCUACCUCGUAUAGUUAGAAUAACUUUACACAAAAGCUCAGCUCAUUUCCGUGUUGUUGGAAAUUAGUGGGUUGGGACAUUGUUUCCUGCAACAGAUUUGAGAGUAUAAUGAGGGUGGACUGUAUUGUAAAUGCCUUCUCUUUAUCUCUCAGUAUACAAAAUUGUUUUUUGAAUUGUAGGAAAAUGGCAAUUUAAAACAUUAUCAAAGUUUUGUGAGUCACUUCCAGUGGUUUAGAUUUUUGUUAAGGCCGUGCAAGUGUUCACUUGCAAGCACAUGUCUUUUGUUCCGAGUUCUUUUCGAAAAACCUGCCAAAAGCUUUUUUCCCAAAUCUCAUCGCUUUCAGAGAGUAGUAGUAUGUAUGCAAGUCUCACCCUGAGGUAGUAAUUCCUGGGAUUGAUUUGUUUGUGACUCGUUUGUUUACAACACAUCCGUAUGCUUAGGGCUAUUGGAAUGUUUUUUCGUGUUCCCGGGAGUUUACUUGGGCCUCGCCAUGCGCGUUGCACACAGAAGUCUCUCUAUGCUUUCUUUGAUCCAUCACAGAAUCACUCAUCCUGUUUUACCAUUUAUGAAGCAUGGUUUCUUUUCUUUGAAGUUAUAUUUGUCAUUAGAAUGGAAGAUUUUUUCCAACAUGAUGACAAACUAUCUGAAAGUGAUAUACUGCAGUCUGACCCAAGUUAUAAUUGUACUGGUAUGCUGCGGUCAUGGGGUCAUGUUUUGUUGGAAGUGAUCACGUUUUGUAUGCCACUUUGCCCUUUUUUUUACAUCCCUGUAUAGGUCACAGGUUUUUAGAAGUGAUUUAUAUGUGUAUGUCUCUGAGUGCGCAUGCAAUUUUACCUUGCUGAACUGACUAGUAUGUUUUGCUUUAUGAUCAUGGAACUACAUAAGGGGUAUGUGAGGGUCAGUGCCAUGUGUUGUAUAGAUGGCUGCUAGCAGGGCAGGCUCUUUUCUUGCUUUUUCGUCAGGGUGAGAUUUUUUUCUUUAAAAUUUUUAUUUGCAAGAUUCAAAUUGCAAUGUUAUGGAUGUUAUUUCAUCUUUACUUUAAUGUGAAAAGAAAGGAUCCACUGAACAAAGAUGACAGGAGAGUUUGGAAAAGCCAACAGUACUAAUCUUUGACUGCCUUCUUAAGACCCUUCCUGGGGCCAGGUGUUUUAACUGCACACGUGGACUCCCAAAACAUAAAUCGUCUCUUACUUGUGGUCACAUACAGGUAAAUACUAUUACUAUCCAGAUUGCUGGAAAAUGCUGCAGAGAAUGACAUAAUUUCCUGGUACUAAUUGAUCAAGAGAAAAUGUUUUGUCAACAUUGUUUUGGUCAAAAACGUAUUUUGAGCUGUCUCAAAAAAAUGAGCAACUCUCAACGUCAAUAUUCUUUUCGUGUUAAGCAGAGUGAAUAUGGAGGUACUCUGUUUUCUUGCAACAACAAUGAUUUAUUUCUUGUGAAUAGAGUCCAUCACACUACACAAGUACUUUGGGAAAAAAAGAAAAAAAGUUUGAAUGCAAGGAAGGAUUUUGUAAGCUGCAGCGGCAUUUGCAUCUUGUGUUUUGUCAUUCUGAACAUAGCUUACAAACAGCAUCUUGUUUUUCCUGAACUCUGGAGACCGUCGCCUGUUCCAGUAGUGAAAUAAGUUCAGCUUCAGUGUUCAUACUAUCACAAUUCCUAAGUCAGAGCUUUCAAUUUUCAGGUAUUUAAUUUUUUUUAGAAAAACAGUUUGCCUUGUGCAUUGCCUGAUUCUUGCACUUGCAGGAAUGAUUCUGAAAAGUCUCCUAAUGUUAGGUAUUCUAUGAUGAGUAUUUGUGAUAGUAUUUGCAGAUUUGAUUGAUGCUAUUAAUAAAAGUAAAAGCAAAUUUUCAUUGCAUAAGAGCGUUGUAGCUACAAUGUGAGAAAUUUGCUGUGUGGUUGAUGCUUGUGUGAUUGUGCUCACACGUUUGAAUUAUGUGUAACUGCUCAUUUUGAGGUACCUGAUAUGUUUGUAGUUGGAACCGGAGAAGAGAGAGAGCCUUUUGACCAAAUGCGAGUAUGUCACAGUAUGUGGAUGGGUCAAGGGACUAGUUUAUUUGGAAGAGUUGUGUGUUGUUAUUGGAGCACAGGUGACCUGUAUGAUAGUCUAUAUAUCUGUACUUCCAGUUCACCUGAUAUUGGGUAUUCUUACUAUGAAUUUUUUCAAGUCCUUGACUUCUGCUGUAAUAUUAAUAAAUAUCUAUAUAGUUCUGAUUUAUUGAAUAGAUUGUUAACUUUAAGUUGCACAGAGUAGUUAAUUAAAGUUAAAAUCGAGAACAGAUGAUUUAGGUUUAAUAAUUUGAUUGAAGUGUUUUACUUUAUUUGUAGUAUUUGUAGCAACGUGGAGCAGUUUUCUAAAUUAUAUCCACUUUCUAAAGCAAGUCUCCUGUGUUCAAGUUCAAGAGGUAUAGUGUAGGAUUGAGGAAAAAUUGAAGUCUGUAAAACAAGGUAAUAAAAGCGCGUACAUUAUGUGCCUUACUUACACCCCCGCAGCAAGAACAAUUUUUUAAACUUGUUGAUGUUGAAUUGGGGGAGGGGUUGCUAGUUGCAAAAUGAAUUUACCCUACUUUAAGUAAGUGGGUUAGUUGUCUGUCAUGCAAAAUAAAGACAAGAGCAUAAAAUGAAUGUUUUCUAAACCUUUAACGGUGAACACAUACAUGUACUUAUUUUCAUUGAAAGUGGAAUGAAAGCGACUGAAAAAUGGGUACAAAUCCAUCGUACUUCAAAGUUAAAGUGAUGUGACUUGAUAACAAAAAUGUAGUCAUUUAUAUUAUUAUUAGAGUUUGCAUGUCUUUUUUCCCAUGUGCAUGAUGAUCAAUUUGUUGUGGGGAAAAUACUAAGAACGUAUUCACACUUGAGUGUUUCUUCUUGAGAAUGCUCAUGUAAACUAAAAAGGUGUGUCAUUUUCUCAAAACAUGACACCCCCCCUGCACAUAGCCAAUGUACUUUGACUGUUGCUAUGAACUGGAGUUGGAGACAGGAGAGGCUACAUUUCCCUGCCCUCGUUCUGCUGUGAGUAGUCUUUUUUUUUAGGCUGCAUAAAUCAUCUAUGUACAGUAAGAUGAUCAUGAGUUGAACAUGGAUCUUCUUUUAGAAAAUGUAUUUUUUACCUAUGCUCCGGUUAGUGUCCUGAAGUUCUAUUUUUAUGGAAAGAUAUUUGAUAUACAAGGAUUACAGCAGCUACCUAUGAACAACACCAGCAGGAGUCUCUUGUGAUAAAUUCUCCUGUCAAAUUUUCAAAUUCAUUCUCUUUUGUACUGUAGCAGAGUUAUGUGAUGCAAGACUGCGUGUGUGAUUUACUGUGAAAACAUGUGGCCAUAAGAAACUUGUUCUGAGUGUGAGCAUGGUUUGUUUUUAUGAAAGUUUUCCCAUAUAUUUUAUAAAUCUUUUUUUACUCAUGCGAUCUGUGACGACUGGCCAAUGUUUUGCUGUUCACCAUGCAGUUUUUGCUUUGUCCAGUGCAGACAUACAUGUAAUCCAUUAUUGGCCAAAUCCUUUUUGAAACACAGCCUAUGUUUUUAUUUUUAGUGUUCAAUGGGAAUCUGUUAUAUUUUGCUUCAGCUAAAUUCGGCUUCUGGUGUCAUACUCUUCACCACGCACAGACAAGAUGUCAAUUCAAUUCUCGCAUGGGAAAGAUUUUAUGGAGUCUUUUUUCUGCCGGGAUUAGUAAUCCAAUGCAGCAGAUGGUUGCCCCCAGCUCAAAAAAUGAUCCAAAUUGUGUAAAUUAGGGCAUACAAUAUUGACAAUGAAAAACUCAAUUGAAAUCAGGCUUGUCUGUAACUAUCACUGGAUGAAGCAAACACUGAUGGGCCAGUAAUAUGAUGAGUCCUCCCAGGUGUUGAAGAUGACUGGAUACUUAAGGUGCGAUCAUGUUGGUUAGAAAGUACACAAUAAUGGCUUUAGUUUAAGAAAUUUUAUGUAUAUAAUUUUGUUUUCAGUAAUGAAAAUGUUGAUUUAUAAUGCCAGUUGUAAGAAAUAAAAAGAUCCAUCACGAUGCA